AUGUGGGGGUCCCCGGCAGUUGCCUGGGCCGUCUGUCUUGCCUGUGUUCAGCCCACGGUAUUCCCAUGGAGCCUCUCCUUCAGGUCAGAGAGGGACAAGCCAAGCUCUGCACUGGAAGUUUUAACAGAGGCAUCUUCUUGUUGGACAGACACAGUCGAGUGUUUCUCAGACUACAUGACCCUGUGGAUCCCGAGGAGCCACGUGGAGGGGCUGAGGCUGUGGCUGGUCAGGACCUUGCACUUGCCAGGCACCUGGAGGGCCCCUAACCACCUGGAUUCUUCUCUUGCUAAAUGUGGCUACUUCCUGCAUCCGGCUUCAGAUGGUGACUUCUUUUUUCGAGUUCAAUACUCGGCCUGCUUUGUGCAGAAAGAGAAAGCAAAUUACAGGCUGGAAAUCAGAAUAUUUCAGAAAGGGGUGACAAGGUUGGAGCGGAGUGAUCGAUACAUAAUGAAGUGUCCAAUGCUAAGGUCAAGACUGGGCCAGGAAAGCGUCCGCUGUGGGCCCAUGUUCAUCCAGGUCUCCCGGCCCCUGCCCCUGCAGAGCGACAAUAGACAGACUCCAUGGCUGCUGUCCCUUCGAGGGGAGCUGGUGGCUUCUCUUGAAGACGCCAGCCUGAUGGGACUGUAUGUGGACAUCAAUGCCACCACUGUCACCGUCCAAAGCCCGAGACAAGGACUUCUUCAGAGGUGGGAGGUGCUGAACACCUCUGCUGAGCUCCUGCCACUAUGGCUGGUGAGCGGUCACCAUGCCUAUUCUUUAGAAGCUGCUUGCCCACCGGUGUCAUUCCAGCCAGAGUCGGAGGUCUUAGUUCACAUCCCCAAGCAGAGACUGGGUCUAGUCAAAAGAGGUUCCUACAUUGAGGAAACUCUGAGCCUCAGAUUCCUCCGAGUCCAACAGUCCAACAUCUUUAUGGUGACUGAGAACAAGGACUUUGUUGUGGUCAGCAUCCCAGCGGCCGGGGUGCUCCAGGUCCAGCGAUGCCAAGAAGUCGGAGGAACCCUGGGAACACAAGCUUUCUAUAGGGUAGACCUGAGCCUGCAAUUUGCUGAGAUGGCUGCCCCAGUCCUCUGGACGGUGGAGAGCUUCUUCCAGUGUGUGGCCACCCACACACGUGUGCCCUCCCCCUACCGACUCAUCCUCCCAUGCCCAGGGGCUCUGCUCCUUUCCAGGACCAGUGCCACUUCCACACUGGUGUGCCCGGAACUUCCGGCUCUGCACACACGUCUGUGCCGCUGCCCCCAGCUCCCCAGCGUGUGCCUGGGCCUCACGUGUGUGCCCAACCUGCUGCCAGCCCAGCACUGA